AUGGCUGCUGUCAAAAAGUCUGGGAAAUUAUCCAUUAUUGAAAUCCGCGACUCCUUCCAGCACAGCAGCAACAAAUGCACUGUAGAAACUCGAACUUCGCUCAAGAUCUAUUGGGAUAUUGACCGGACUUGGGAAUCCCCUCCACUACGACAAUCCAUCUCAAGGUGGUCCGCUGAGUUCUACAAGCCUGCUGAGUCAAUAUCGGCGGAACGUAUUACUAUCUCAGGCGAAGCUUCACAAAACCUCGCACGUAUCUUGCAAAUCUACACAGAUCCUGUUUUCACGAGGACCUGCUUUCUAGUCGCCCUAGGGUACUUUCUCGCUUGCCGCAUUUAUGCGAUUCAGGCUUCGAAGGCCGCUUGA